AUGCCAUUUGGGCUUGGAAAAAGGGCUUGCCCGUCAGCAAGCAUGGCACAACGUGUGGUAGGCUUGACUUUGGGGUCAUUAAUUCAAUGCUCUGAGUGGGAAAGAGUUAGUGAGAAGAUGAUUGACAUGGCUGAAGGUACAGGAAUCAGCAUGCCUAAAGUUAUUCCCUUGGAAGCUAUGUGUAAAGCGCGCCCUAUUAUGAACAAGUUUCUAUCUUGA